AUGUCUACAAACUGGGCAAUCGAAAACACACCUAGUCUCCCUCCCAACCAGCGCUACUCCUGGAUGAAGAUUCUCGGUAUCUGGAGACGUGCUGUUGUUCCUUAUGACAGAAGUGUUCUCCCUCGUCCUGCUACCCAUGAGCUUCCGAAUAUCCCUGGCGGCCGCACUGAACGUUUCCAGCCUGAACACCACUCCAGAGAAUUUCUUAACGUACAUGCAAUCAUCCAAUACCACUUUGACUGUUCCUGGUUCAGCGUCUAUGCCACCGGCACGCCCCCUGGCUAUGUCGAAAGGGACUGGGUCUCCAUCAUCCGCGAGGUUAACCGGCCCCCGCAGUACGUCGACCUCUCCGACUCCGAGUGCUCCGAAGGUGGCGAAGAAGACACUAAAUGCCUGCUUUGCACCCGUCGUCAACGCCACGUCAGUUUCGUUGGCUGCACACAUGGGACCUGCACGUCCUGUAUCAAGAAGAUUUAUUGGUCGAGGUGUGUUGAUUUCGAUCAUUGGCCGGAGGGGAUUAGGUGCCCGUGGUGCAGGCAUGACGUGUUGAAGGUGAAGAGUUUUGGAGGGGAGAUCGAUAGGGUGCCGACUUUUAUCUUGUAUAUGAGUCCACGGGCGAUCAAGAAGUUGAACAACGCGAAGAUUCAUAGGAUCGUUCCGGUGCAUAUGAGGGAGUGGGCGUUGGAAACUGUCUUCAAGUUUUCGCUCCCGAAACAUCGUUAUAUGUUCGAGAACCACGAUGUGCAAGAGUAG